UUUCAGGUGUUGAUUCUUGAUCUUUGCGGACGAGCUAUUACGGAUUACUCGAUAACCGAGUUCUUGAAACGUUCGCCUAAAGGGUUCCCUUCGUUGACUACGCUAUCUCUUCAAGGAGCAUUCUCUUUGACAGACUAUGCAUUAUUGACCUUUAUCGCGUCUUGUUCUCCUCUGCUUCAGUUUAUUAACCUCUCUCACUGCUCUCUUCUCACUUCCCGAGCUUUGAAGACUCUUGCGGAUAUCUUUAGAACCACUCUUAAAGGACUUAGUAUUGGAGGAUGCCAAGGGAUGAAACGGUGUAAAGAGUUCACUAACAGCCUGUAUAAGUUCCAGAAAUUGAACUAUCUCUCGGUUGCAGGACUCGAUUGUGUUAAUGAUGGUGUUCUUAGAGCCUUCUUUAUGUUCAGUUGCUCUAAUCUCACUGAUCUAUCUCUCGCUAAUUGCCAGUAAGUUACUCUUUUGUUGAGGCCUCGAAA